AUGAAUACGAGACGACAUUCGAAUUGUGGUCGAUCACAUGAUAAAUCAUUCACAUUAUUUCGUUUGGGAUUACGAUCAUCACCGGGUGUAAAAGCGUUUGCAGAAACCGGACGAUCCGAUAUCCUCGAGCAGCAAACACAAGGCGAAUAUGGUAUAUAUGAUGAGUUCAAUGCACCACCAAUAAGUACGGGUGCUGGACGUACAGAAGCUGAAUUUUUUGUUGACGGAAAUCAUUCAAGGGUAUCUUUAAUGUCCAGAAUUGUUCCGUCACCAGAUUGGUUCAUUGGUAUCGACAGCUUCGACCUCUGCGUUAAUGGAAAUUGGUUGGAUAGUAUAACAAUCGAGGUAGAUCCAAUGGACGCUGGUACAGAUAAUGGAUUUACAUUUACUGCACCAAAUUGGCCAACGGAGCCGCAGGGUGUUGCAUAUAAAAUCACAUCACGAUAUCCAGCGCAUCCAGCUGGUUCAUUUUAUUAUCCGAAUAUGGUACGAUUACCACCCAUUGGCACUUUUCAAUUUAUAAAGGUGAAAGAAUACGAAUUAAGUGAAGUGUUUCAUCAUAGCGAAGAUGACAGGCGAUAUGAAGUAUUAAAAAUGGAACGACUAGCUACCGGGAAUAAUAUAAACGUAUUGAAUGGUAACAAUGGAAACACAGAUAUUGAAUUAGCUAUCGAAGAGGAGCGUGAAGAACAAGAAAAUCAUCCAAAACAUCGACUUCCAUCAUCACCAAUUUCACCAACAAUGCCUGGAUCUCGUGUUGUCACUUCAUCAUCGGUUUUGAACUAUUAUAAUAGAAUUCACGGCGGAAGCUCUCCACAACCAAUAGAAUCAAAUAACGUGACAUCAAGUAUAUCAGUUGUCCCGAGAGGUGAUAAAGAUGCAAUUUUAAAUAGCAUCGUUGAUAAAUAUCGUAUUGUUAAGGAACAUCAUCGUAAAAAGUAUCGCCCUGGUAAAUCACGAACACGAAAGAUUCGCCCACCACGAGAUUGCCGCGUGAGUGAAUGGUCACCGUGGAGUGCAUGCAGUAAAUCAUGUGGUAUUGGUGAAAUGCAAAGACGUCGAGAAGUUUUAAAACAUGCACGACGAGGUGGACAAAAUUGUCCUCCAUUACUCGAAACAAAAUGGUGUGGCUCAGCACGAGCAUGUUCUAAAGGCUAUUUUAAUUGGUAG